UCACAUGCGUUUCUUCUCCUCCGCCUUUGCUCAUCCACACCCUCACCCCCACCCUACCACGGGAAUCGCCACCACCACCACCACCCACAUUGACCCCAUGUAAUUAAUUCCACUUCCCCCAAUUUUUCCCUAUAUAAAAACGGGUCCGCCUCACAACAUCUUCCAUCUUUUCUUGAAAACCAAAGACAAGGAUCUAGGGUUUUUCUGCAUCAGAAAAUCGGGCCCUCUCGUUUGGCUCUUCGUCUUAUUGAAUUGAUCCGAACUGAAAUGAAGAGGCCAGCCUAUCAUAAUGUUGCAUCAGGAGUGCCGGACCAAUGGCCCAUCAGGAAGGCCCUCACAUUGUCUGACGUGGAUAUCACUCAUCCAUUUCUUACUUUGGCUCGCCAGCUAGUUGAAAAUCAUAUUCUCGUGCAUUUGAUGCCUCAAGAACAGGAACGCUUGAGAGUUGAAGGUCAAGUAGAUAUUAAUGCCCAGGAUGACGAUACCGGUGAUAUGCAUGCCAUGAAGUUGAAGUGGCGUGGGAGUUAUUAUAAUCUCAUAGGCAAGUGGGGGAAACUUGUUCGAGCCAAGGGACUUGACGUUGGGCAAGAGAUUAAAAUCCGCUGGAUUAAUGGGUGCUUGCACUUCUCGGUUUCACCAAAGCAAGUUGUUGCUGUACCACCACUGCGGAUGGUUACAGCACCACUAGCGCAGGACCAUUGGCCUGUUAAGAAAGUCCUGACACUGUCUGAUGUGGAUGCGAAUCAUCCGUUUCUCCCUUUGCCGCGCCGAUCCGUGGAAGAUCAUAUACUUGUGCAUUGGACCCCACAACAGCGAGAAAUAUUAAGAAACGAAGAGCAAGUGAAUGUGAAUGCCCGAGAUUACGAUACUGGUGAGGUGUAUGUGAUGAAACUAAAGUGGCGUGGGAAUUAUUAUAACCUUAUAGGGAAAUGGGGAACAAUCGUUCGAAUGAAGGGACUUGGUGUUGGGGAAGAGAUCAGAUUACGCUGGGCUAAUGAAUGCUUAUACUUCUCAAUUACACCGGAGCGGAGUGCAGCUGCAGCACCUGGGCAGGCCCUGGAUCAAUGGCCUAUUAAGAAGGCACUCACAUUGUCUGAUGUGGACACCAAUCAUCCAUUCCUCACUUUGCCUGGAAAAUCAGUUGAAGAUCACAUUCUCUUUUAUUGGUCACCACAAGCACAGGAACAGCUGAGAAACGAGAAUCAAAUAAAUGUUAAUGCACGAGAUGAUGACACUGGUGAGCUGUAUCUGAUGAAGUUGAAGAGGCGUGGGAGUUAUUAUAAUCUCAUUGGAAAAUGGGGCAAAAUUAUUAGAGGGAAGAGACUUAAUGUGGGAAGGGAGAUUAGGGUACGCUGGGAAAAUGGGUGCUUGAUAUUCUCAGUUCCACAAUGAUAGCUGUACUGAUUGUAUUAAGGUAGAAGAUUGACCAAAAUUAAUUUCUUUCAUGAGUUGGCAUUUACUGGUUCAUGAGGUAGAAGAUUCACCAAAAUUAAUUUCUUUCAUGAGUUGGCGUUUACUGAUUCAUGAGGUAGAAGAUUCACCAAAAUUAGUUCCACAACGAGAACAUUUUUUUUUUAUUUUUAAAAUUCAUUGAGUUAGUGUUUACUGGUUAAUACAGCUCUUAUUUUGAUUCUAAUUUAAGGCUAUAAUUUUUUUAUUGCAUAAGGAUUCAUAAAAUAUGGUGGAGAUGGCCUGAGAGGGCCCUACAACAUAUCUUUGAACUCCAGUGAAAUAAGGCUUAUUGGAGCCAUAAAUUUAACAAGGUGAAGUAACAUAGCCGAUAUUUGCUUUCUAGAAUAAUCAUCUAAAAGAAUAAUUUCUUCUUUUUCCAUUUCUUUCUUUC